AGGGAAGGAGGCAGUGCUGUGUUGCUCAUAACCUGUUCUGCCGGCUUGUAAAGAAGGGGCACCAACAACACAGGUGCGGCACAGAACUGUCAGCUCACAAAAAAGUUCUUCUCUUGUCCCGAAUCCACUUGGAUCUGGCAGCAUCCCCUGAACAUUUCUCUGAGCUCAGCUUAUUUCAUUUUAUUUCUGUGUGGGAUGAGCAUCAAAUGGCCCAGGAUGUGAACAGAAGACGCAGACAAUAAUUUUAAAUAUGAUCAUUUUCUGCAUUUUAUAAGGGAUAACACCAUUGGAUACCUGUGUGUGCCCUCUCAUCAUAUCACCUGGGUCCAAAGAAUGGGAGAGUCAUUUGAAAAUUAAAGAAAACGGUAUCUACAGCGCCUAUUUCUGUUGUGUUGGAUUUUUUCCACUUUGCCGUGGGAAACACAAAGCCAGGACAUGAGGGUAGCCUUAAGGUGAGAGUAGGCAUCUUGUACCUGGUACUACAAGAUGCCUUGGUGGUGCUGCGGCUGUUUCUUCCCUCCUUGUAUCUCUGAGGAGGAGAUUACUGCUCUGACUGUGAACAGAGAGAUUGAAAGAAUUCUUAAACUCCAGAAGGAGAGAAGCCGUGCUGAGAUAAAACUCCUGCUUCUGGGAACAGGAGAGAGUGGAAAGAGUACGUUCAUAAAGCAGAUGAGGAUCAUUCAUGGAACAGGAUUCUCAGAACAAGAGCGAAAGUUUUAUGCCCGGCUGGUACACCAAAAUAUUGUCACCUGUGCACAGUCCCUAGUUUGGGCCAUGGAGACUUUGCAAGUGCCUUACACCAUACAAAACAAUCAGCUAAAUGGAAGCAUGAUCAGAGAAUUAUAUGCAUUUAGAAUCCAGAGGAUUGAGGAACCACAUGUUAAGGCCAUUAGCAAAUUAUGGAGUGAUACUGGAAUUCAAAGAUGCUAUGAGAGGAGGAGGGAAUUUCAGCUACUAGACUCAACAAACUACUAUUUGUCUAAUUUGGAGCGUCUCACACAGGAUGGGUACCAACCCACAGAUGAGGACAUUCUCAGAAUCCGAAUGCCAACCACAGGCAUCAAUGAGUACUGCUUCUCUGUGGAGAAUAUGGACCUUAGAAUGGUCGAUGUCGGUGGACAGAAAUCAGAGCGGAGGAAGUGGAUUCACUCUUUCGAGAAUGUGUCUGCUCUCAUUUAUUUGGCAUCUCUGAGUGAAUAUGACCAGAAAUUGGAAGAGAACUCCCAUGAAAAUCGCAUGAAGGAAAGCUUUGCCCUGUUUAGAAAUAUUCUAGAGCUGCCAUGGUUUCGGGAAACACCAAUUAUCCUGUUUCUAAAUAAGACUGAUUUACUAGAAGAGAAGAUUGGCUUCUCGGAUCUUUCUGACUACUUCCCCAGAUUUAAAGGUUCUCGCUGUGAUGCUGAGGCUGCUAAGCAAUUUAUUCUAGACAUUUACCAGGAGAUCUUCGACAAAAUCAGAAAGCAAGAUGCUUCUGGCAAGGAUGACCUAAAACAUAAAGUCUACCAUCACUUCACUUGUGCCACAGACACAGACAAUAUCCGCAAGGUUUUCCACAAUGUAAAAGAAGCCGUUUUAGUUAGGUACCUGGUGGAUUUUGGUAUUUUGUGACAUCUGCAGCUCUCAAAAGAUGACAAUACUUUGGUGACAUGAGAACACCCUAUAUAGGAAAGGCUAUGGGACCAAAAACAUGCACAGCAUCAUUGACCUUGUUUAGUUCUGUAAAGCUUCCAAAAACACCAACUAAUAUAUCAACUUUUACACAACAGACCUCAAUAUUUAAUUUAAAUAGAACCAUUAACUUUUAUAGAGGAAUAAUUUGUUGUAUGUAUAUGCAGUUCUAAAGGUCUUCCUUGGUGAGUUUUCUAGCUCUUUACUUGGAGAAAGGGGAGAUUUUCUCUACCAUUCUGGCCUUUUAUUUGGACACCACCUUUGCAUGGUGUUGCACAGUUCUGUACAAGUCAAAUGUCAUACUUCUGUUUUCCUCUUUAUUUAUUAGCUCAGUGUUUGGAACAUGUCCAUUAGAGUGCAUAGUCUGUAAUUUUACAUCGUUGAAAAGAAUAAUUUGUCUCUUUAAAAAUGACUUAGAUUACAUUAGGAAGAAUAGGCAGAUUACAUUACAGGAUAGAUUAAUAAAAGGAGUUGAUCUUGAAACAUAAAUAUCCUGGAUGUUUUUUAGUUUUAUUGCAUAUGUCCUGAUCUAACACAGUAUUUCUUUUCAACAAGGCAUCCAUGAUUGCUAAAGGUUCAGGUUUGCCAAAGGAUGGCCCAGGGAGCCGCAGUGAUAUAGCCAUAAACAAAUGGCUUAACUACCUUCCAGUAGCACUUGAGAACUUUCUUAUAUAUGUUAAACUCACAAGUUGGGAAAGGAGUGCAAAAAUACUCCUGAUACUCGUUAGGAACUCAUUUGAUGAAUUGUAUUGAAUAAUUAUUCACUCCUUGACUUGUGUGUAUAUUGUAUGUAGUCUUUCCCACAUGUGGAUGUUAAUAUAUUUAUUUAUACUGUUUGCAAUGCUUUGUAUUUUCUGUAAGGCAAUAAAUAAAACUGCAAUAAAUACAAGCGAAGGAAGUCUUU